AUAAGAAGAAGCGCACUGCGAUCACAUAACCUGCACCGAUUCCUCCCGUAUCUCCGAGCAUGAGGAACUCCAGAAUUCCAUUCCAAUGGCUGCGUGCUUCACUAGCCCUCCUCGUCGUCUUCCAAUCACAUGUCAUGGCAACGGAAGCAAGUGGUGUUGGAGCUGAUUGGGAGUACAGCUACGAUCCAUGUAGCGAGCUCGGACCUCAACACUGGGGAGACCUUCAUGAAGAAUGGGAGACGUGCAAAACUGGAGAACAACAAUCACCCAUUUCGAUUAAACCAAGCAAUAUCAUCGUCAGCCCAUCACUGUGGAGAUUGAGAACGGAUUACGACACCAGACCUGCUUUCUUGCAGAACAAGGGGCAUGAGAUCCUGGUGAAUUGGACGGAGUCGCCAGGAGAUCUUAUGAUCGGCGAGAAGACAUACCAUCUCCGGCAGUGCCACUGGCACUCACCGUCGGAGCAUGAACUCUAUGGCAAAAGGUAUCCCUUGGAGUUGCACAUGGUGCACACUACUCCGGAGGGAGAAAUAGCAGUCAUUGGCAUGUUGUACGAGUUUGAUCAGUUUGCCGAUCCCCUCUUGAACCAGUUGUCGGAGGGCCUAAUAGCUCUCCAGACUCAGGACAACGUGUAUGUGGGGACUAUCCCCCCACCUCUUAUAGGUGAGAGAGAACCAUACUUCAGGUACAGUGGCUCUUUGACAACCCCACCUUGCGGUGAGCCUGUGACAUGGACGGUGAUGAAAGAGGUGAAGAGCGUAACGGAGAGUCAACUGGCGUCGCUGAGGAUUCCCGUGCAUGAUAAGGACAACGCUAGACCAGUUCAGCCCAUCAAUGGACGCAACGUGUACAUGUACAAGCCGCCGCACGAAGACCAUGUCAGCUCUUAAAGCGAAACUGCGGACGAGCAACGCCUACGACGCACACUUCCACGCCUACGCCUACGAAAUGGGGUUGCUAAUUUUACUACGUAUCUACCGGCCUGGAUAGAAGACGUUAACAAUUAAUUUAUAGUAAUUAUCUAGGUAUUUAUUAUGUUGUAAGUAGUUAUAGGUAUAUUUUAAAUAGUAACCUAUGAUCUAAAAAAGUAUAAGAUAGUUCCUAUACUUAACUCAUGGGUGAUAUGAUGGAGUGAGGUAGUUAUGAUUGGGUCAUAUAAAUAGGACCAUAGUUCAUAAAUCAAGAGUGUGAGUAAGCACUUAUGAAUAUCUUGUAAAUGUUCUUGUCUUACCUCUUAUUUAAAUACUACAACGGU